UGCUCUUUUCUGCAAAUGAAUUUUUCCCUCCUAUAUUUCAGCUUCAUCAUUGAUGCUUCUUUCCUUGAUAUGAAUUCGUUUGUCUUAGUGCAGGCUGUCGUUCAAGUGAUUGGAGUGGUUUUUGCAUUUUUACUUGCAUCAGAGCAGAAGCUUCCAAACAGUCUUGCCAUUUCAUCUAUAGCAAGUGGUUUCAUUUCUGUCAUCGUUGGAGAAUUAGGUCGUAGGCGCAGUCUAGUGAGUUUCUUGCGAGCCUACAUGUUAACUUCAUCUAUUGCAGCAUUUCUUUCAGUUGCAUGUGUCAUUGGAAGUGGCAUCUCUCUAGAGAUUAUUCAAAAUCAAAAUGCCUGGGCGGCACACAAAUUUGAACUUGUUGAAUCUGGCCGUGCUUUGCUUGGUGUUCUACUUCAGAUAAUAACAAUCAGUACAACAGUUACACUCAUUGGCAACAUGUCUCUUCCCAAGAGAGCUUCCUGAUCAAUGCUUUUAAUUUCCAACUUCAAAGAGCAAUUUUGACGACUGUAGCACUGAGGCGUUUUUCCUUUGAGGAAUUGUUAAUAUGUUUCUUUUUCAGUGGAUAACAUAUUUUAUUGGACAGAGUAAAGGUACCAACCCCUCCAGAAGGAGGAUAACCUCUC